UCGAAGAAACGCACGGGUCGUCCUUCAGUCGCAGCCUAUUGCAGUUGAAAUACGGCGCGUUGUCGAAAUGCAUCCGUGUGGACUUACCGGGGACAUCCUUAACCCCGCAAACUGUUCGUUCCGUGGUGAAGGAAACGUCUGUCGGAACAGGGACAAUCUUACCGGAAUCUGUUCGCAACACGCCUGCCCAAUCUUCUACACCCAGUACGCGUCGGUGCGUGAGGAUGAUGGUGCCAUACUCCUGUACCUGAGGCAAGCUGCCCGGAACACAACCACACCGGGAUACCAUUGGGAGCAGGUAUCGCUUUCGCACGAUCCCCGUGAGGCACUCUGCCAGCUGGAGGAGCAUCUGUUGAUGCAGAGUUGGUGGAUGCAGAAAAAAUGUAUGGAAGAUUAUUUCAAGAUAGCGAAGCGCUUGAUGCGUACCGACCAACUGAAGGAACAGAGCAACGCAUGGACGGGCAAGUUUUCGGUGUAUGAAAUGGAGAAUUACGUGCCGAUAAUGUCCUUACACGCUGAAGGCGAUGACAGCAAUCUCCCGUCGACCUCAUCAGGCAAGCGCAAGGUAAAGAUGGAGUUUGAAGCAGAAGGCGGUCCAGCAAAGAUGCGUAAACACCUUGAAUGAGGUGUGUGUAUCCACUUUCUUUGUGUCCUUUUAAAAACAAACAAAUAAAUCUCACACAACUACUAGCUCGGGGUCUCCGGUUGGUAGUUGCUGCCCUUCGGAUGACUGUAGUAGCGGCUCCCCAUUCGCGACCGCAGAAAUCGUUUAAAUUA